AUGUCGUUUGAAAGUCAAGCAAAGGGGAUGGAAUUCACUGAUAAGAAGAUAAGCACACAAUUUCCCGAAGAACCAGGCAUUACAGAUGUAGCUCUUGUUGUUGAAGGGAAAAAGAUGUACACCGCUAAAUCAAUUCUCUCUCUUGCCUCCCCUGUCUUCAAAGCUAUGUUUUCGUCCGAUUUUAAAAAAAAAAAUGCAACUGAAAUUGAACUACCUGGAAAGAAGUACAAAGACAUGGAAUACUUUUUGAUGUGCCUUUCCCCAAAUAAAUGCUUGGAUUUUAAUGAUAUUAUCAUUGAGAAGUUACUUCCGUUAGCCCAAGAAUAUCAAGUGGACUCCAUUAUCAAUAAGUGUGAAAAGUGGCUUCUAACAGAGAUUGAACUUACAGAAGCCAGAGGUUAUAAAAAUGCUACAAGAAAG